AGCCACAAUGUUGAGAGGUCGCAUUGACUUUUUCGAAACCUCAGCUCAUUUCAAGACGGCCAUGUAAGGUUAAUGAGGUUGAGGGUCUCUCGUUAGAGUUGUGGAGUUCAUCAAGAGAAAUACGAAAAUGCGAAAUGCGAUUGAAAAGGUCAAUGAGACAUCUUCGGAUCAUACAACAAAUUUGAAAUUUACUAAACUUACUUCCAUUUGGAGCCUGGAGGCCAUCAAUCAAUUUCUGUUUCUUGCUCGGAGAUGUGAAUUUUGCGGCGUGCGAGCAUGCUUCAUUGUUUCUCUAGAGUAUCGCGUCGAUGACAACGUAACGAACGUCAUGUCGCUUCUUCGGGUCAAUAUGUGUAUGCUCCUUUGCUGGCAUACUCCAAGUCGUCCACAAAGGUUAUAUUCCCAGUCAAUCAUGUGAGCAUGCGUACAUACACAACGGUCGGUAAUGAUGCCAACCUGAGCAACAACUACGAACAAAAUGGGGCCCGACAACUGGCUUAAGCUUGCUCCGCAUUACUGAGUUUCCCCCGCAUCUUCGACAUCCAACAGGUGCGGAAAAACUUAACCUCGGUAUAUUCAUUUGACCGAGUUUUUUGAAGCAUCAUUGCAGAUAUACCUUGUUCUUGAAAUGUACAAAUGGCUUUGGUUUCCGCUAGAAUUUGGUUGACAAAGAAGCAUUGUGCUCUCAUACUGAGUGCUGCCCUUGAAUUAUGGCUACAGUCAAACGCUUAGUUGGUUCCCUGGUGCUUUCUCUCUCUUUCAAUUUAGCAUCUGCUCAAGCAUGCUGGAAAAAUACAGCUUGCAGUGGACCUCUUGAGGCAGCUUUUCCAGGCCCUUGGGAUGCAAAUAUCUAUGCACCUUCAAGCCGCCAAGUGUCUCCGAAAUCGGUACUAUCAGCAACCACAGGGGCCGUGCUAUCUGACUUCACGGGAUCGAUUGGACUCUCUGGGAAUGGUUCGAAAUACACUCUUGACUUCGGCAAAGAGGUCGGUGGACUUGUAACUCUAGAAUACUCUUCCACAGGACCCGGUGCGAUUGGUUUGGCAUUUACAGAAGCAAAAGAUUAUAUCGGAGAAUGGUCAGACUCAUCCAAUGGAGGUUUUAAGGGACCAGAUGGUGCUAUUUAUGCAAAUAUCACAUCAGCUGGUUCAGGAACAUACACCAUGCCAGAUCUUUCACUUCGUGGAGGUUUUAGGUACUUGACAUUGUUCUUGCUCAGCAAUGGUACCACGAACGUCAACGUUAGCAGCAUUGUUCUUGAGAUUGGAUUUCAACCAACAUGGUCGAAUCUACAAGCUUAUCAAGGAUACUUUCACAGCAAUGAUGAAAUGUUGAACAAAAUAUGGUACUCUGGUGCUUACACUUUACAAACGAAUGCCGUGCCUGUAAAUACAGGACGACAGAUUCCUACUGUCAAAGUGGGAUGGGCAAACAAUGGUACUCUGGGAACUGGUGAUACUAUUAUUGUGGAUGGAGCCAAGCGGGAUCGAGCUGUUUGGCCGGGUGACAUGGGUAUUGCGGUGCCAUCGACAUUUAUCAGUAUUGGGGACCUUGUCAGUGUCAAGAAUGCCCUCCAAGUCAUGUACAAUUAUCAGGUAUGCUAUUCCUUUCGGUUAAUGUUUUCGCUCUUGCCCUGUGUUGGAACCCCCCUUCAAUAUACCAAUGAUUUUCAGUGUCAUUGUUUCAAACCACUUCACUAUAAGGAAGCUUGUAAUGGGCUUGAAUUUUAUGUCAUCUGAACCCUUCCAUGCUUCACUGUUUUUGGCAACCCAUUAGCCCAUGUAGGGACUAACUCAACCAGAACAACGUGACCGGGGCAUUUCCAGAGGCAGGGCCACCAUUGCUACAGCAGGGUUCUGAUACCUACCAUAUGUGGACCAUGAUUGGAACUUACAACUAUGUCCUUUACACCAAUGAUACGUCGUUCCUUUUGCAGAACUGGGCAAAGUAUCAGUUAGCGAUGAGUUUCAUUUAUAAGAAAGUCAGCGCUCCUGGUCUCCUCGAGGUCACAGGGAUUCGAGAUUGGGCUCGUUGGCAGCAAGGUUUCAAUAACAGCGAAGCACAAAUGAUGUAUGUUUCCCUUUCGGGAUAAUCUAGCAAUUGACUAACAAAUAAUUAGUCUCUAUCGAACUCUUCUUACUGGUGCUGAUUUGGCCAAAUGGGCUGGAGAUACCACAAAUUUAACAGCGACAUGGACUAGUCGCGCGGCAUCUCUCAAGACAGCCAUUAAUACUUAUUGUUUUGAUCAUUCCUAUGGAGCUUUCAAAGACAAUGCGACAGCUACUACUCUUCAUCCCCAAGAUGCCAAUAGCCUGGCUCUUCUAUUCGGUGUUGUUUCUUCAAAUUCCUCUACUGCGCAAGAUAUCUCCACGAAUCUUGUCAAAAACUGGACUCCAAUCGGGGCGGUUGCACCGGAGCUUCCAGAAAAUAUAUCUCCAUUUAUAUCGAGUUUUGAAAUCCAAGCCCAUUUCACAAUUGGGCAGGCAAGUCGUGCCCUUGAUCUCAUCCGUCGUUCUUGGGGUUGGUAUCUCAACAACCCCAAUGGUACCGAAAGCACAGUCAUCGAAGGUUACCUCCAAAACGGCACAUUUUCAUACCGGUCAAGCAGAGGUUACAUGUAUGAUACCGCAUAUGUAUCUCACUCACACGGCUGGUCUUCAGGUCCUACAUCAGCACUUACAGAGUUUGUAUUGGGUCUUAGUGUUACUAGUCCCGUAGGCAAAACAUGGAAACUAGCACCACAGUUUGGAGAUUUGACGAGGGCGGAAGGUGGAUUCAUGACCACAUUGGGGAAAUUCCAAGCCGCUUGGAAUUUGACACCGAAAGGGUAUAGAUUGGAUUUUGCGGUGCCAGAAGGGACUACAGGAUCGCUGGUCCUACCGGUGAAGAAAGCGGGAGUGGUACCGAAGAUUGUUGUAGAUGGGAAGAAGAUAAAGUCGAGUCAUUUGAAGAUUGAAAAUGGGGGUGUUACGUUGGAAUCUAGUGGUGGAAAACAUAGCAUUAUUGUGGGUUGAAGAUAUACAUGAUAACAUCAUUAUCAGUAACACUAGAUUUGCUUUUCAAUAUUAUGUGGAAACAUGGAAACAUGGAAACAUGAAUUCGAUCAAAACAUCCGACAUG